GCUGCUAUACAACAACUGACCCAGCUUCUAUCAGAGGACCUCAGAAAAGAAAUCCGUGAACUCUGGGAAGAAUAUGAAAACCAGUGUACUGCAGAAGCCAAGUUUGUAAAACAGUUGGAUCAGUGUGAGAUGAUACUGCAAGCAUUUGAGUAUGAAGAGUUGGAAAACACACCUGGCAGACUGCAGGAUUUUUACAAUUCAACUGCUGGCAAGUUUGUUCACCCAGAAAUACUCCAGCUUGUAUCUCUGAUUAAUGCAGAAAGGAAUAAGAAAAUAGCUGCUACAUCUCAUCCGCAUUCCUGA